CUGCCGCAACCGCGGUGUAUCGCAUCAACAGCACCAAGCACGCACGUCUGAGGGAGCCGUGGGGGGAUAGGCAAGAGAAGGCAACACAUCGGCAAAUUGAAUGGCGAUGAUAUUUAUGUCUCGCGCGAUCUCGACAAUAUUAUGGCAUUUGUCACAUCCUUUUCAGUUGUUUGUCACCUGCACGUCCUCCGUGUUGCUCCUGUUAUUUUUUUUAUCAGUAACAAACACCAGCCUUGGGAUAAGAAAGCAGUACAUAAGGUGUCUCCUGAAACUGUUUGAGUAUGGCCGAAUAAAAAUUGAGCGAGCCAAUCGGCAACGCCUUAAACGAGAAGAAAGUGCAGAGGAUCUCGCAGAUUUGGAUUCUGAACAGACAAACAGCACUACUUCAGUGAUCACGAGGGACGAUGUUAUUGUUGGAGCUGAGCAGCCAAUUAUCAACAUCCCACUCAAGGAAUACCACCUCGGUGACAUCACAUACUUCAUCAAGAAAGGUGUUGAGGCUAUCAUUGAUGAUGUGGUGACCAAGCGGUUUGCUACUGAAGAGCUGGCUUCCUGGAAUUUGCUGACAAGGACCAACAAAAACUAUACAUUUGUCAGUUUUCGGUUGACCGUCAUAUGGUGCAUUGGCUGUCUGCUGCGCUAUGUCAUUCUCUUCCCAAUGAGGGUGGCACUGACAUGCAUUGGCAUGAUUUGGCUUAUCUGCUGUACAGCCAUACUAGGAUAUUUUCCAGAGGGUCGGCUCAAGCGAUUCCUGUAUUGGCACAUCAGUCUGAUUACUUUCCGGAUUCUCUCAAGAGCUGUGUCAGCCAUUGUCACAUACCACAACAGAGAAAACCGUGCCAAGCCUGGUGGCAUCUGUGUUGCAAAUCACACUUCCCCCAUUGAUGUGGCUAUGCUGGCGAGCGACAAUUGUUAUGCAUUGGUGGGCCAGACCCAAGGUGGGUUCAUUGGUGUUAUUCAGACAGCGCUCAACAAGGCAGCCUCACACAUCUGGUUUGAGCGAGCUGAGAUCAAGGACAGGCAGGCUGUUGCCAAGAGACUGAGAGAGCAUGUUGAAGAUCCUACAAAGCUCCCCAUUCUCAUAUUUCCUGAAGGCACAUGCAUCAACAACACAUCAGUGAUGCAGUUCAAGAAGGGCAGCUUUGAGGUCGGUGGCACCAUCUACCCAGCUGCCAUCAAGUAUGAUGCACGAUUUGGGGACGCCUUCUGGAACAGCAGCAAGCAGAAUUACAUCCACUACCUGGCUAUGAUGAUGUCAUCAUGGGCCAUAGUAUGCGACGUGUGGUAUUUGCCACCCAUGAAGAAAAGAGUUGACGAGUCAUCAGUGGAGUUUGCCAACAGAGUCAAAUCCAAGAUUGCCGAGCAGGGUGGCCUGCUUGACCUAAACUGGGAUGGCUUGCUCAAGCGCACCUAUGUUAAGCGGGAGUGGAAGGAGCAGCAACAGAAGGACUUCAGCCAACGCCUCAAGCUGACGUGAGCCUCAGCAAGGAAAGAGACUGUUUGGGCACACGUGUACAUAGCAUGGGUCGGCUUAGUUUCUAUGCUGGGCCCUUUCUGCUACAUGCCAACCAGUGAAAGCGGUCCAGCAGAGGUGAUAGUUUAUUCAUGUGGAAUCAACACUAUGUACAAUCAUUGUGAUCAGUUCAGUACUCAGGCCAUGUAUAUAUGAUGCUGUUCAGCGUUUGGCAUAGCUUGCUAAGCAGGCGACAACUGCUUGCAGGUUGGUUCAAACUGUGAUAACAUGUUGGCCUUUAGAGAAAAAGAGAAGGAAGAUGAGCCAGCACUUACUGAGUUGUUGCUGAUGGAAUGAGAUGUCAUAUCUCUAAUACCUCAAUAAAGUUAAAAGUUUCGACUGCACAAAACAAAUAUGCUGUGCUCAUGGCUAAAAGGAUGUGAUGUAUGAUAAUUACUACAAGAUGUAAUGAGGCUUGCAUGCAGGCUGUUGAAGUGCCAUUGUACAACAUGGAAAUUCACAUUCAUUUUUAGAGAACGAAAGGCAGUGACUUUCCAAAAAAACUAGAGUGCACCCAAUGACUUGCACACCAGUCUGCAAGGACAAAGCAAGGCUGCUCAAGUGCAACUAGAAUAGUUUGUUCUUUGGAGUGUCCCCACUUCUAUGGUGGUCCUUGGAAGGCAAUGCUAGGAA